AUGAUGCUGGAGGUCCGCGGCGCCGAUCUGCUGCUCAUAGACUUCGAAACCAAGGAGGAGCUGGAGUCCUUUUCUUCCAGCGAGGUGAAGGAGAUGAAGGCCUUGCUGGACUCUGAGGUGUUCAACUCUUUGCUCAUCGUGUGCGUCCAGAGCAGGAGGAAACAGGCCACCACCGUCUUCUUGUUCCAGUGUGACGACGUCAGGGCCGACUUUGUCAAAAAGGAUCUAACGCGAGCUCUGUCUCAGAAAAGUGACGGUUCGCACCUCAGGAGCAAUGGGCACGUUGGGGGUGGACGUGAAAGAGCGAUGCGGCCUGAUAAUCCCGCAGAGCAGAAGCCUGUGCAUGAAUCGGUGCCGCCGUGGACUGCAGCUGACAACCCUGAGGAUGAUUUUCCUGAGCCUGAACUGGACCCGCGUCGGUACAGAGAGGAAGAGGACGUCCCGUCACCAAUGCCCACUCUUCCUUUACCUCCCCCUCGGCCGUACACAGAACUGGACAGGAAUGUGGGGGAGCUCAACAGCAAGAUCAGUAACCCCGGCGCUCCAGACUUUGUCCACUCUUUGUUCUCUGCGCUAAAAUUCGCCUGGGCUGUGGAGACCGGGAAGUUUCAGGAGGGAGUUGAUGAACCUGAUCCUGCCAAGUGGAAAGCUCAGCUGCGAUGUGCCCUGAACAAAAGCCGGGAAUUCAAUCUCAUCUAUGACGGCACCAAGGAAGUCCCCAUGAAUCCCUUAAAGAUAUACGACGUCUGCGACAUCCCACAGCUCAACAAUAACCAAGCUCCUUCAGAUGCGGGAUCUCGCACUCCUUAUGAUGAGGACUUUGGAGAGGAAGACGUUCCAGACACGCCAGAGUCUCUUCCUCCAUAUCCAUCCAACGGACCCAGUCCUCCUCCACUCAAUAUGUGGUCUCCGAUGGGCUCAGACUCAUCCAUGCAGCCUCCCAGCUGUCCACCUUCCAAUGAGGUCUGGCCCAAAGAGGAGCCUGUAAAAAUCUGGCCCAAAGAGGAGCCCGUAGAUGUAGAGAUGCCCCCCACGAACCUGGAUGAACUGCCCCCUGCCCCUCUGCCUGACCCCAUCCUGCAUCCCACUCCUCUCCCUGAUGCCUUCUUUGCCUCUCCGGAAAUGUGGAUCAGCUCUCUGCCAAUGACGGACCUAGAGGUCCAGUUUCUGUACAGAGGGAAGGAGAUGUGUCCCACCGUGACGGUGAGCAACCCGCAGGGCUGCAGGCUGUUCUACGGGGACCUGGGGCCCAUGGUCAACCAGGAGGAGCUGUUCGGCCCCGUCAACCUGGCACAGCUGCGCUUCCCCACCACGGAGCACAUCACCAACGACAAGCAGAGGAUCUUCACCAACCGUCUGCUGGAUGUGAUGGACCGAGGUCUGAUCCUGGAGGUCAGCGGACACGAUAUCUACGCAGUGCGCCUCUGUCAGUGUAAGGUGUACUGGUCCGGCCCCUGCGCCCCAAACCCUGCGGCGCCUAAUCUCAUAGAGCGGCAGAAGAAGGUCAAGCUCUUUUGUCUGGAGUCAUUUCUCAGCGGUGUGGUAGCUCAUCAGCGUGGCCAGUCAAGCACCCCUCCUCGUUUUGAAAUCAGCCUCUGCUUCGGGGAGGAGUGGCCCGAUGGAAGACCCACGGAGCGAAAACUCAUCAUGGUCCAGGUCAUACCUGUGGUGGCUCGGAUGAUCAGCGAGAUGUUUUCCGGAGACAACAACCUUUCUUUUGACAGCAGCAGCGUCCGCCUGCAGAUUUCAAUCCCGGAUAUAAAAGACAAUAUAGUGACCCACCUGAAGCAGCUGUACUGCCUGCUGCAGAACCACCAGGGCCAGGAUGCGUGGGCUCUGCCCACCAACGCCGGCCUGAACAUUGCCCAGGCUCUGCAGACUCAGUGAUGCUGUGAAACCAACUAUACAUCUCCAUAUUACUACAUAUUACCACUUCAGGAGCGUGCUCCUCUGUUAGCAAAGUACUUAUGUGUAAUCCUGUUAGGAAAUGUGUACAAUUUACUGUAGGAUUUAUGUGCUUUUUAAGCUUUUUCUUGUAAAACUGUGCUCUAUGGUAGACGUAGCAGUGUAAAAUCCCAGCCUUAAAUCCUGCACCUGUCCAUGCAGAACCUGCAGAUAGUUGGUGAUUCUGUGGGCCAAAGUCCGUCUUGCUGCAGAGGAAUAUUUAUCCUAGUUAAUCAGUUACAGAUGUUGGCCUGUGUAGUUUUUAUCUACUUCCAGUAUGUGAUCACCUGUCUAUCAGAGAGGCUGUUGAAACGGAUCUCAUUUUCUCUUCUAUAGUUAACUUUUACACAUUUACAUCUAGCAAUAGACUAGAAAAUAGAAAUGUAAAUAACAGCAAAUUAAAGUUGGGAUGAAUAUAAAUCUUUCCGUCGCACAUCUAAGAGUAUAAGGUCCAGGGACCACCACCCCACCUAAGAUCCAAUAUAUCAGCCCUUGAAUUAAUUUAAAACAUGUUCCUCUGUAGCGUUUGAAAUUACCCAACACUAUUCAGACACACAGAUCCUCUUUUUGUUUUUGUUGGGUUUCUUUGCACGUUGGGGUGCUGAAAUGUUUUAUGGUUUGCUGAAUGUAUUUGCCCUGUGAUUGCAUGUUUAUUUUAUCAAUAAAAAAUGCCUUUAAACACA